UGUGUUUCUGCAAAAUGACAAUAAUGGCCUUGUCAUGUACAGGAGACCAUCAGCGGUGUUCGUCACCCCCAAGAAGACCAAACAAUGUCCGUUUAAUCGUGCUCCGAUGAUGGCAAAGCAAAACCGCAUCUCAUGCUAUCAUAAUAUAAUUACAUCCAUAUUUUAUAUAUAUAUAUAUAUAUAUAUGUAUACAUAGAGGCCCCAAAAAUAUCUCCUUAUCGGCCCAGAAUUUCAGUCUUCUUGUGAGAAACAAUGGGGAGUGCCUCAUCGGUGUUGACUCAGUAUGACAUUGAAGAAGUUCAGGAACACUGCAAUAAGAUAUUUUCUCAGCAAGAGAUAGUGUCCUUAUAUCAAAGAUUUUGUCAACUUGAUCGGAGUGCAAAGGGUUUCAUCUCAGCUGAUGAGUUUUUAUCAGUUCCUGAAUUUGCAAUGAAUCCACUUUCUCAGAGGCUGCUUAAGAUGGUGGAUGGUUUGAACUUUAAGGACUUCGUGGCUUUCUUGUCUGCAUUUAGUGCUAAAGCUAGUGCACAGCAGAAAAUUGAAUUUAUUUUCAAGGUAUAUGAUUCCGACGGUAAUGGAAAAGUGUCUUUUAAUGACAUAUUAGAAGUGCUACGGGAUUUGUCAGGUUCUUUCAUGUCCGAUGAGCAAAGAGUGAAUGUCUUGAGCCAAGUAUUGCAAGAAGCAGGUUACACGAGGGAAUCAUAUUUGAUGUUGGAUGACUUCAUCAAGGUUCUUGGGAAUCCUAGUCUAAAAAUGGAGGUUGAAGUGCCAGUUGACUAGUCGUGGACAGUCAAUUUUUCCCUAUACAACAGAAAGAAAUAAGAUGAAAACUGAAAGCGCACAGCGAUACAAAAGUUCCUUAACUCUCUCUUUUUUUUUGGGGUUUAACCUUUUAUCCCAAUUAGCAAUUAGCAACCAGUGUAAUUAACUUCUAUGAAAUGUCAAAAAAGCAUUCUCUGUGCAUGUUUGGUCACCUUCUUUCAUUAUCAAGUUUCAGAAGAGGCUACGGCAUCCUUGUUUGUUUU